AUGAACGCCUGGUCCGGAUCGAUCGCCUUAAAUCCCGACCUCCAGCUGGAAGGGAUUCGCUUGGUCGACCCGACCUCUCACUGGCAAUCCGACAUCUCCAAGGAGGCCAAACUGAGUCUUCAGAGCUUCGUGAAUCCCGUCCUUAUCCCACUUCACGCGCGAAUAGGCCCCAACCUCGAGCUUCACACGUCCAACGCGGAAUCAUCACGAUGGCUCCAGAGCAAACUGACCAGCGCGAUCUGGUUGAACGAUGACGAAUUGGACCUCCACCGGUCCCUCCAAUGCCCUGUCGGCCUGCUGGUCAGCGUCGAGGGCACCGUAACCAAGAAAACUUCCGGCGCGGUCACUUCAGACCUCUUGAUCUACGGCGUGUUGUCUGGCGCAUCCACUUGUGCGCGUCCACCUACCCCGCCGCACUCAUCACCAUCCGAGGUGGACGCCCCUACACCUUCAAUCAGCCCGCACGAGCUGAGGGUCUAUGCGGCUCCGCUAUCUACAUCGCUUCUCACGCAGGUGGAAGCCUUCCCAUCUCCACCACCCAGUACCGAUGAGGAACAACAUCAACAUGCCCGUUGCGCGGAGUUUCUGCCCGAUAUCAGCUCGCCCAGCCCGAAACGCAAGCGGGUCGCCAGUCUAUUCGAGGUUGCGGCACAACACCAUCGUCGAGUACGGCAGAAGGGCGGCGAGGGAGUCUCCCAGCUGAUGGCACACGCGCGCCCGCUUUCCUCGUCAUCACAGAACCUGCAGUCCCUCCGCAUAAAGCGCGAGCCAGAUGAAAACGGACCACCCUUGGACCGCAUCGCCGCCCAUAGAUCCCGAUCCAUGUCUAUCGGGGCGGGACUGCAUCGUCCAGGUAGUGUUCGAGGCGCACGAGCAACACCCGGAGUCAACGCAGAUCCACAGAAACGCGCAUCAACCCCGAAUCCUUUCCUCGAACACAAUGCCCGCCGCGGCUCGCAACAAAUACAAUUGCAAUCCUCGUCGUUAUCUGCGGAAGAGAAGCCCUUGCUCUCCUCCCCCGGCUCGCCGCCAAAGGACCCAGAGACUAUCAUCGCCGAGAACAAAAACCUCAUCACCCGCACCAUAUUGACUUGCAUGCGGCUCUACGGCUUUCAUCGUGCGUCCAUGCGAGCUGCCUCGACCAAACCAGCUUUGGGCGUAGCAGAUCCCGAACUGGACGCUCCGGCGGAGAGCAUGCGCGCCGAAACUCCCGCUCCAGCCGUCUCGGCAGAUGACGAUGAGUUCAAGGCUAUGUAUCAUGCCACAUAUAAAGCGGCUGCUUUUGCACUGCGCAAGUUCUUGAAGGAACCGCUGUCUGCUGUUCCAGGGUCUGCGCCUGCGGUUUUGCAUAAGGAGAAGGCUAUGACUUGUAUCGAUGAGUUGCUCCGGUUGUUCUGUGAGGAGCAUUAA